AUGAGAGCCACCAUGCAUCGCGCUCUGGUUUUUGUUCUACUGUUAGGCGUUGCCUAUGCGAAAUUUGAAAGUUAUGAGGGGACGUCAGUGUACGAAUUCAGCGUUAAGAAUGGAGCGGAAGCCAAGCUGAUGCAGCAGUUGGAGAAAGAGCUAGACCUGGACAUCUGGGCGCACCCCGGCCCAUCCCGGCCAGGCACCGUGCUAGUCCCAAAACAAAUGAAGGGAGAGUUCGAGUACAAACUGAAGUUUGCCGGCAUCCAACACAAAGUACAAGUGGACAACAUUAAAGAAUACAUGGAAUUAGAAGACAAAUUGCUGACAUCAGCUAGAAGCCAGAGGGCUAAUAUUACUGCAGCAGGUCUGUCUUUCGACAGGGUCUACACUUGGGAAGAUAUUGAUCAAUACCUGGACGUUCUGGGAGAGGCGUAUCCCGACACUGUCACUGUUGUGAACGGUGGAAGCAGCGUCGAACGCAGGCCGAUGAAAUAUUUGAAGAUAUCCACUACCAACUUCCAGGAUAAAAGCAAACCAGUGAUCUACAUGCAGUCUCUCCUCCACGCUCGCGAGUGGAUCACGCAGGCCGCCAGCUUGUACGCUAUCCACAGACUUGUCAUCGACGUCACUGAGAGGGACAUGCGCAAUGACUUCGACUGGAUCAUCGUGCCCGUCGCCAACCCUGACGGCUUUGUCCACACUCACGGGAUUAGUGGUACUUUCCGUUACUGGAGGAAGAACCGCUCCACGGACUACGGCCUGCUCUGCAUGGGGGUCGAUCUGAACAGGAACUUCGACGUCAUAUUCGGGACCGGCUCCAGUGACAACGUCUGCAGUGACACCUUCCACGGCGCUGGCCCCUUCUCCGAACCUGAGACUCAGGUCAUACGGGACAUCAUCGCAGAGCACAAGGACCGAAUGGAACUGUUCCUUGACAUACACAGUUUUGGCAGCUGGAUCCUCUACGGCUACGGAAAUGGAACACUCCCAGCCAACGCUUUGUACACCCAUUUGAUAGGAGUCCAGAUGGCUCAGGCCAUUGAUGCUGUGAAGAAGAGUUACAACCCCGACUACGUUGUCGGAAAUACUGCUUUGAUGCUGUACGAAGCCUCUGGUAGUGCGGCUGACUACGCCAUGUCCGUUGGAGUGCCGUUCUCCUACACUUACGAGUUGCCCGGGUUGAGAUUCGAUCCUGGCACCUUGUUUGGGUUCCUGGUCGACCCCGCGUUUAUUGAACAGGCUGGGUUUGAAACGUGGGAGGGAAUUAAGGUUGGCGCCAGGUACGCUCGCAACUCUUACAGGGCAAGGAAAGGUCUGCUGUAAAUGGGUUUGAUAAAUUAAAAUGUAAAAAAUUAUCAUCA